CCUGUCCCCCACUCCCCAACUCGUGGCCGCCGGCGAUCGCGUGGAAGUGGCCGGCAGCUCCGCCGGGCGAUGCGUUUCUCCGGGAUCUGAACCUCCUCCGUCCUCCCGUUUUUUUUUGGGCCAACAUGCCGGACUCGAGCCGCCCUCGCCGCCUCCUGCUGCUCGCGCAGCUGCUGGGUUGCGUUUACGCGCCGCCGCCGCCUCCGUCGUCGUCCUGCCCGACGGGCUGCGAGUGCUCCGAGGCGGCGCACACGGUGAAGUGCGUGGCCCAGGACCUGCGCGCCGUCCCGGUCGGGAUUCCGGGGUACGCCCGGAACCUCUUCAUCACCGGCAACCGGAUCGCGCGCGUCGGACCGGAGUCCUUCCGAGGCCUGCGGAACGUCACCAACCUCAACCUCAGCAACAACAGGAUUUCCGAGGUGGACUCUCACGCCUUCGGCGGCCUGCCGAGUCUUCGGUCCCUGGACCUGAGCUCCAACCAGCUGGCGGUGGUCCACCCGGAGGCCUUCACUGUGGCCAACCAAUCCCUGCGCGAGCUCAACCUGAGCCACGCCCUCUCCAACCACUCGGCCGUGCUGGACUUGGCCAUGGCGCUGCGCUGGAGCGCUCUGACGUCGCUGCGGGGCCUGGACCUGUCGCACAACGGCCUCGUUUACCUACCGCCGCGUAUUUUCUCCCACCUGGGCGCGCUUCGGCGCCUGCUGCUGGCCAACAACUCCCUGGUGGCCGUGCGCAACGCCAGCUUCGCCGGUUUGGGGGAUCUCCGGGAACUGGAUUUGAGCCUCAACUCGUUGAAGAACGUGCCCGAGGAGGGCCUCCGCGAGCUGGACUCUCUCCCCGAGGCCGAGAUCCUCCUGGGCGAGAACCCUUUCACGUGCGUGUGCGGCAUCGAACCUUUCGCCCGCUGGCUCAACCGUUCCCGGGGUCGGGUCCGGGACGCGGAGAGACUGGUUUGCGCCUUCCCCGCCGCCCUGAGGAACUCCUCGCUGCUCUCGGCGGUCGGCGCCUCCGGCAGCCUGGGGUGCCGCCGGAGGGGCGCCGGUGCCGAACUGGCCCUGCAGACCUCCUACGUGUUCCUGGGCCUGGUGCUGGGCCUCGUGGGCCUGGUCUUCCUCUUGGUGCUCUACCUGAACCGCAAGGGCAUCAAGAGGCGCGUGUAUGAAAUGCGCGAUGCCUGCAGGGAGGUCUGGGAGGGAUACCACUACCGCUUCGAGAUGGACUCGGACCCCCGCCUGUCUCGGGUGUCCUCGGGCACCGACAUGUGAGACCCCCGCCCGGCCUUGUACAAAAAUGUACAAAUGCGUUCAUAAACUUAGAUGACGUGACUCCGGUUUUCCCGUCUUCCACGCGAGCGUUUCCGUGUCGACAAAACGGCGAGCAGCAUCUCGCCGGGUUCAAAACGCCGUCUGGGCUUGAAUGAGCUCCGAAUGUGAAUUAUUUCAAGACUCUGGCAUCAGGAAGGACGAUAAUUCGGCACAGGCCCAGCCCCC